AUGCCGAACGAUCAAACUAAAAUAAUUAUGGCAUAUAUGCCAAAAGAUAUGGAGACUAAUGCUAUUAAUUGGUUUAAUGAAGCAUAUUCAACUUAUACAACAUUUAAAGAUAUGGCUGAUUAUUUAAAACAAAAAUUUGAUCAUAUUUAUGGACGUAAUUGGCAAUGUGUUAUUGGACGGGAUUUUGAAAGCUCAAUUACUCACUUGGAUAAUAAUCUUAUUUAUUUUUAUUCAAAAAGCUUAGAGAUUCUAUUAUUUAAAACAGCUUAUUAA